GUUUCAGCUCUCCUGAGCCUCCGAGGCAGGGACUCAGUGUGGUCCUGUGUCCCCAAGGCUGAGCCGUCUGGCGUCAUGGGGGUGCCGGUUCCAGUCCUGUGGGCUCUGCUGGUGUCUUUGGGCUGUGCUGAAGAAGCCACAGAGCCAGGUGAGAACCUGAGCUGCUACCAGUGCUUCAAAGCCACGAGCUGGGAGUUUUGCAAGCCCGCCGCGUGCGCCUCCGCCGACCGGGUCUGCGUCUCCCACACGGUGAUCAUCACCCUGAGUGACCCUGGACAGCUGUGCUCCCACUGUGCAGGGCCUGGCCUGUGAAAGGAUCAGGAGAAGGAUCUCGCCUGAGAAUUUCGCUCAGCAGGCGCUGUGCUCCCAGGUGUCCCAACACCAACAUGAAGUCUGAAUGGUCGUCGGGCCCCGGGGUGCACGGCAAGAUCACCAGGCACUGCUGUUCCCGAUCUCUCUGCAACAGGGCACCGCCCCCGCGGGAGGCUCCCGGGGCCCUUCCAAGGGCGCUCCUGCUCCAGGUGGGCCUUGGCCUCCUCUGGGUCCUGCUGUGAGCACCUUCCCCUCGGCCCCAAGGCCCACGCUGUCCUCCCACCUCUAUCCUGCCCCCAUCGCUCUCAAGACCGUGGGUGGGACAUUCACCCCUGAGACGGUAGGCAGCGCCAUCGCCUCGCCCUGGGCCCGGCCGCCUCUCCCGUCCCCAGCAGGGGCCCUUCGCUCACACAGCCUGGGACUGUAGCCCCACUCCGUGGGGUCAGGGAUGGGGGCAUGCGAUGGGCAUUUCUCAGUUUGGGGUAACAGCCCCUGCUCUGAACGGAAGCUCCAGGUCCCUGUGCUGGGCAAGAAGAGCCCGGCGAGGCCAGAGGGUGGCUCAACCCUGGCUCUGGCUCUGACUGGCUCUGUGGUCUCAGCCCCCCCACGCCCGCUGUUCUCGCCACCUCUGUCCCUGGCCCAGGCAGA